CAUUUUCUUUUUUUUCUUUUUUGCUGCGGUUGAAACAUCACGUCCUUGUUGUGUGUGUGGGCGUGCGUGUUGACGUGCAUGUGUUUGUUUCCAGCCCUCACCACCACCACCAGGCAGGCAGCAGCUAGGGUAGAUUUGCUGCUGCAUCCACCCCGCGGUAGCAAAAAAGAAAAAAACGAAACAAGUGUUCAUAAGUGUCAGCGCAUGUAUCAGAAACGGUGAAAAGCGUCAGUCCUGACCUUCUCGCUCCAGAGGGCAGCAGCAGCUCGCCUCGUUCAGUGGUGUCCGCCCCCAUGACUCGUUGAGUUGGGACCCAGCCCCACCGUGGCUCAUGCGCUGUACUCGUUUCCCUUCCUGUCCUCCUCCUCCCUCAAGCUGACGCAGAAUCCCAGGCACCUCCCUCCCCUCCCCCUUCCCCAACCCCACCCAGUCCCCAGCGACUCGCCCCCGCCCGCUAUGGCGCCCGGCACAGAGACAGUCCACUACAUCCACCUCCACAACUCAAGCCAGUCGGUGCUGGAGGCCCUGCGCACCCAACGGCGUGAGGGCCUCUUUUGCGAUGUGACGGUACGCAUCCACGACGCAUCGUUGCGGGCCCACGCCUGUGUUCUGGCGGCUGGCAGCCCCUUCUUCCAGGACAAGUUGCUCCUGGGACACUCAGAGAUCUCAGUGCCGCCCUUGGUGCCAGCCGAAACGGUCAAGCAGCUGGUGGACUUCAUGUACAGCGGCUCGCUGGUGGUGCUCCAGUCGCAGGCGCUCUGCAUCCUCACCGCCGCCAGCAUACUGCAAAUCAAGACGGUCAUUGACGAGUGCACGCAGAUUAUCUCGCAGAGGAAGGCGGCGAGUGCGGCGGCGGCAGCUGCUGCGGCGGCGGCGGCGGUCGGCGGGGGGAUGCUGGGCAGCGUACUCCCCAAGCAAGAGGAGCGUGGCGGCGGUGGAGGGAAAGGGAGGGAGAGCGGUGGCAGCUGUUCAGGCAGCGUCAGCGGAGGAUACCCCAACUUCCCUAACUUCAUGGUGGAGUGCAGCGCCAGUAACAUGGGUGGCGAGAGCGGGCCCGGCCCCAGGGUUUCUGCGCAAGUAUGGAAAGAACCCUGCGGCCCAAUGGAGCAGGCCAACAGUCUGAUGGCGCUGGGGGACAUGGGCCCAACGUCCUUAUGCGGAGGUGGCGAGGGUCUGGGCGGUGGCCUCAUCAAGCAGAGCCCCAGCUGCACGCAGGACGUCCGCUACAAGCUGCGUGACCUGCUAGCGCAGACGGCAGACAACGGAGGCGCCGCCCAAGCCGGCAGCCUGUCCGCAAGCUGCAGCUCCGGCGUGGGCAGCGUAGACAGCGUCGGCAGGAAUAGUCUCCGUGGCAACGCCACCGACCUCUCUGACGACCUGGUGAGCAUGGAGCACUUCAGCGAGGAGGAGGACUUGGACGGCAGGGAGCGUGGCAGAGAUGGAGACCGAGACAGGGGGGCAAGCCAUAGCCGCAAGCAGAGGCAGCCACUCAGGCUCCAGGUGUUGGGAGGCGGAGGUGAGGGCGUCGUGGUGAAAGAUGAGGGAGCGCAGGACGCCGACGGGACGGCCUACAACCUGGAGGACGGCAGGCGGGACGGAGAGCAGGGCGGACCCCAGGGAGCCAUGGCGGCCUUCGGACAGGACUUCUAUGACGAGCAGGGUGUCUUCACUGAGAGUUUCUGGCCGCAGAGCGAACCUCCUCAGCCCAUGGCGUUUAAUCCCAGAGGACGGGUCAGCAAGCCUCUGACUCCACCCUCAACCUCGCAGUCCAUCAACAACCAGCUUCUUUUCCAGUACCCAGUGAGCCAGUCGCAGCCGCCGCCGUUCUACAUGGGAGGGAUGGACACCAUGGCGGGGGCUGAACCCAGCCAACAGGCCCCGCCGCCUGUCCCCAUGACACCGGCGCCACCCCCCGCCACCAACACGGCCGCUGCCUGCUCUUCGGGCCCCUCGCCUUCCUCCCAAGGAUCCGAGACCUCCUUCGACUGCACGCACUGUGGCAAAUCUUUACGUUCCAGGAAGAAUUACAGCAAGCACAUGUUCAUCCACUCUGGUCAGAAACCCCACCAGUGCUCCAUCUGCUGGCGCUCUUUCUCCCUGCGCGACUACCUCCUCAAGCACAUGGUGGUGCAUACGGGCGUGCGGGCCUUCCAGUGCUCCAUGUGCGGCAAGCGCUUCACGCAGAAGAGCUCGCUCAACGUGCACAUGCGCACGCACCGCGCCGAGCGCACCUUCCAGUGCAACGUGUGCCACCGGGCUUUCACUCACCGCACCUUGCUGGAGCGCCACGCCCUGCAGCACGCGCCCCAGGUCCCGCCGGGGCGCAGCGUCGACAUGACCUCGCCCGCCAAGCACAGCCCUCCCGCCAUGGGGGGGCCCUCAGGUAUGGCCGGGGCGGCUGGCAUGGUGGGCGGAAUGGCCAACCUGCCGGGCCACGGCGCCGCAUCCAACUAGAGUCGACGGCGGGAGCACGGGUACCAGGCCAUUCAGGCCCUUCCUCAAGCCGGCCGCCGUGGGGUUCCAUCAGCAGAGGUGGGGGGCGCAAGUCACAUGACAUGACUCUGGUCACACUUAAAUUGCCAGUUUUAGGACUUGUUUGGCUAAAACCCUUUUAUUUGUGAGACCAAACACGACUUUGACUUGAACUAAAUGUUUCCCAACCUACUUGUAGGACAUUACAAAAAAAUCUCAAGGCAAACUGUAAAGCAACAAACAAAAAUGUCACAAAAAGUGGAUAUAGACUUGCCUAUUUGUGGAUAUAGACUUGCCUAUUUUAGCAAAACAUUUUUGUGGACGUUAUCCUAAUGUUAUUUGAUUUGAAACUUGUUUGUUGCUUUGUGAAACCCCCUAAGAUGGCGCCAAAGCCCUCUCUAAUAUAAAAGUAGUGUUUUGGGGCCAUCUUGUGGUAUCUUGAUGCUAGGGAAUGAUCUUGAAGUGAGGAGAGGAGCUUCAAUUAAACUGGCUAAAGCAUUGGCUAAUAUAAAAAUAGAGCUUUGGCGCCAUUUAACAUCUAAAGGCAAUUAUGAAUCUUUUUGGGGGUGUCGGUUGCUUGUGAAUUUUCACUAUUCGCGGUCGGGCUUAGUCCCUAUUACUGUACACAGGUUAAAUAUGUACUUUCUGUCAUUUAAUGGAAGGGGAUUUAAUUGUUCUUCCUCUCACUAUAGGUUGCUGGUGUAGAUAACAGAACAAAGAUACAUUAUUUGAAGAUAAAUACUUUCUGGAAAAUUUCCCACAGUACACUAAUGUGCUGCAACACACUGGUUGUGAAUUAUUGAACUACAUGACUUGAUAAGUCUGUUUACAUUUAAAAUCUUCAUUUUCAAGAGCAUUUUAUUUAGUUAAUUAGUUAUUUUUUUUGUCUAGCGCGCGCAAACCUCGCAACCCACCAGUGCGCUACGAGUUGAAGUGCAGACGCCACAGUAUGAAGCAAGUACAGUGGUACCUCAACUUACGAGUUUGUAAUUUUUUCUAUAUAUUUGGAUUCAAGGAUUUUGGGGGCGAUAGAAUUGGGACAAAGAGAAUAUGAGAGAUACAACAACUAAGAUAUCUAAUUUCAUCCGUUAGUAUAAAACUCUCUUAGACAUGUUCACUACUUUUAACUUGACAGUUUAGCUCACCAGUAGCCGGUCAAACAUGAGCUAAGGUUUAUGUCAGUUCUACGUUGAAUUAAGAAUAAAGAGUAAUGGACAAUAUAAGACUGGUUUGGGGCAAUUAGAAAACAAUGUGAAUGUGUUAGUACAGCUAACUCACGCCAGUCCACACAGUGAGUGCAAGAUUGUAUGACUUGACUUUGAAUUGUAUGUAAUGACUGAACUCAAAUUUAGUGGGGACUCGACUCGACCUGCUUGUUUUUUGCCACAGUAACUUGGGACUUGAGAUUAGUCACAGUAUGACUUGCAUAUUUCUGACUUCCUCCCACCUCUGCCUAACAGACCAGAACCUUCCCACGGGGCUCCCGCAGAGGCUCUUUUGGAACCCAAUGCACAACUCAUCAGAACCGUAUUUCCUCACCCUCACGCUACUGAGCCCACGUGGCCAACAACCUCACAGUAUUAACCUACACUUGAACAUUUCCGCAAAGAGCCUCUGUGGGAAUAAACAAUGUUUGGAGGUUGGGGUCCAUGUGGGUGGCUAAAAGGCAUGCAGUGA